CCUUCCCUGGAGCUCGACCGCCCGACGGUUCCUCUGCUCCCUCUUUGCUGCUUUCUCUCCUCACCUCCUCCCUCCGCCGUCGGCGUCGCCAGCGCCGGGCGCCAUGGGUUGCGGUGGCUCCAAAGAGGACGUGGCCACCGGCAACACCGCCGCCAACGGCGCCGGCAAGCUCUUCCGGAGGAAGUCCACCAUGUCCGCCAGCCACCGCUCCUCCCACGCGCCCUCCCCCUCCUCGUCCGACGACACCUCCGUCGCCGUCAAGGACGUCGCCAAGGAGCCGUCGGCCGGCGAGACCAAGGGCGACGUCGUCGAGGUGGCGUCGGACGAGAAGCCCGUCGCCGUCGUCGAGGAUAAGGAGGAGGAGGCGGUGGCGGUCAAGAAGGAUGUCACCGGUGACGAAGUUUCUGCCACGGUGGACGAGGCGGCGCAACCUCCUUUGAAGGAGGAGGGCGGGCUGCCGAAAUCCAACAUGGCCGAUGAGGCGCCGGUGGUGGAGGAGGCUAAGGUCGAUGAGGCGAAGGAAGCAGUAGUAGCACUCAUCAAGGAGGAGACCAGACCCGAGGAGACCAAGGAGGAAGAGACGUCUCCUGCUUCCACAAACGAUCGUGUAAGAAGGUGUAAACAUGUGUGCUAUUUGCGGGAGAAUCGGCCGGGCAGAGCACCACAAAAUCACAUGGAGGCCAACCCCAUUGACGAACAGAAGGUAAAGGAUAAUGCGCCCCCCGUGCCGGAGCCGUUGUCGUCGUCGUCGUAG